UUUUGAAUAUUUUCUUUAUUUUUACAGUCUGACUGUGUCGAUAGUGAAACUCGAUAUUUUUGACAUAUUUUCUUAUCCUCUGGCCACGACUAAGGGAGGGCCGGAGGGAUCCUGCCAGAACCGCUGGGAUAUCUUCGAAGUUCGACGAUCGGACCAGUUUUCUACUUCACUUCGUAGGUCUGUCUGGGACAAUCUGCACGCAAAUAGACGAUCUUCUGUUUCUUCUGGCCUUCAGCGUGAUUUGACCAGACUGGGAAAAUGUUCGGAAAAGGCGCUUCUUUCGAGAAACUCAUGGAUAAGGCAACCAGCCAUCUGAACAUCGAAGUAGAUUGGCCAUCAAUAAUACAAAUAUGUGAUCUAAUUCGACAGGGAGAUGUUGCGCCCAAAACUGCAUUGGCUUCUAUCAAGAAGAGAAUGACACACGCCAACCCACAUGUUAUUAUGUUCUCGUUGAAUGUUUUAGAGUCAGUAGUGAAAAACUGUGGUUCUCCGAUUCAUGAUGAAAUAGGAACUAAAGCAUAUAUGGAAACGUUCAAAGAACUCAUAAAAACAUCUCAAAAUGAGAAUGUUAUUAAUAAACUGUUGGAAUUACUUCAGACCUGGGCACAUGUUUUUAGAAAUUCACCAAAAUAUCGCUCAGUGCAGGUAAUAUCAGACACAGUAAACAUUUUAAAAGCCGAUGGAUUCAAAUUCCCUGCGUUGAAAGAAAAUGAUACAAUGUUUUUAGCAGAUACAGCCCCAGAAUGGAAAGAAGGAGAUACUUGUUGUAGGUGUCGUGUGAUCUUUGGUUUGUUUGAAAGAAAACACCACUGUAGAAAUUGUGGUUAUGUAUUCUGUAGCAAAUGUACUUCUCAAAGUUGCACCCUCCCUAAAUUUGGGAUAGAAAAGGAGGUCCGUGUUUGCGUUAGAUGCUUUGAAAAAGUCAAUCACAAACUCGAGACUUCGGGAAAGUCAGAGGAUUUACCUGCUGAAUACUUGUCAAGCCCAUUAUCGCAGCAGAGCCAGGCACCACCUAGGAAGUCAGCUGCCGAAAUAAAAGGAGAAGAGGACCUUAAGAUGGCCAUUGCUCUUUCUCUAGCUCAAGCCAAAGCACCUCCUUCAAGGAAAACCGAAGAAGAACUAAAAGAAGAAGAAGAUUUUAAUUUAGCAAUUGCUCUUUCUCAGUCAGAAGCUGAAGUUAAAAAUAAAGCAAGAAGUGCCACAGUUUCUACUUCAAGACCUAAAUCAUAUUCACCACCACCGAAACUGAGCAUUUCACCAGAAAGUGAUCCUGAAUUGGCUAAAUAUUUAAAUAGAAGUUAUUGGCAACACCAGAACACAGAGCAUACAAAUGCAUCUGCACCUGCUCAACCUGCUUUUACUCCACCAACGAAUAUGCCUACUCAGAACGGCGUAGAAGAAGGUGAAAUGGAAGAGUUUGUCACCAUUCUUAAAUCUCAGAUUGAAAUGUUGGUAAACCGGAUGAAAAGUAAUUCUAGCAGAGGGAGGCCAAUAGCCAAUGAUUCAUCCGUUCAGUCUCUCUUCCUCAGCAUAACAGCAAUGCAUUCUAGACUUCUCAAAUAUAUUCAGCAACAAGAUGACAGUCGAGUGUUUUUUGAGGGGUUGCAAGACAAACUCGUACAGGUCAAGGAUGCUAGAGAGGCUUUAGACGCCCUGAGAGAGGAGCACAAAGAAAGGCUGAGGCGAGAGGCAGAAAUAGCCGAGAGGCAAAGGCAAAUGCAAAUGGCUCAAAAAUUGGAUAUAAUGAGGAAGAAAAAACAGGAAUAUUUACAAUAUCAAAGGCAGCUGGCACUCCAACGCAUACAGGAACAAGAAAGGGAGAUGCAAAUGAGGCAAGAACAACAGAAACAACAAUAUAUAAUGGGGCCUCCUUAUGGUCCAGUACCACCACCGUAUAUGCCACAAGGAUUUGACAAUGGUCCUAUUAUGCCAGGUAGAUUUCCUAAUCCUGGGGCACCACCUCCACCACAUAAUUAUCCUCAAUUCAAUCCAGGAAGGCCAGUUGAUCCAAUAAUGGCACAGCAUAUGGGUGUUCACGGUGUGCCACCGAUGAUGGGCCCUAAUAUGAUGGUAUCUGAUACAACUUCAUUGCCCCGUGUAAUGAUGCCCCCGGGACAUCCCCAGGUCCCUCCAGCUGCAACGAUGCCAGGGCCGCCUCCUCACAUGAGCGCUCCACCACAUAUGCCUAUGGCCCCUCCACCGCCGCAUAUGGUUCCGAUGGAUUCCCAGAGGCCUCAGAUGGUUCCUCAGUUAGAACACGGACCUCCUCCGAUGGGCCAUAUGCCGCCUAUGGGCCAGGCACCAUUGAGCCAGGCGAACUCAUUGAAUCAUGUUCCCCAGAUGCGAGGUGGUCCCCCAAUGGGCAUGCCUCCAAUGGGACAAGGUCCACCUGUACCACAAAUGAACCAGCCACCCUCAGCAAGCCAGGCUCCGCCCUUAGGUCAGACCGUUCCGAUUUCCCAAGUGCAGCCUCAACUUCCUUCCCAUAUUUUAGCCCAGCCUACAACAGUCCCAGAUAUCAAACAAGAAAAAGAAGAGAAUACAGCAGAACUUAUUAGUUUCGAUUAAAAUAUUUUAAUAUUAACCCAGAGUUUUAAUAAGUGUUUGUUGGUAGACGGCUUCAUACCUAUUAAAACACUAUUUCCUUGCAUAUAGUUAUCCUUAUUAGUUGUUAUUUCUUAUGCACUGAUGUUGUUAUAUUAUUGCAUGUUAAACUUUUUUCUUUUUACUGGCAUAUGUUUACUAAAUAAAACCUAUAUUUGAAA